UUCAAAGCAAUUGGGAACUCGGAAAUAAUUCAAAUAAUGACGUCAGUGAUCUUCAGGUCGGAAGGUCUGUGUUCUCCAGUUCCCACGUUGGAAUUCCGAGUUGGAUGACCUUUCAAAUAGAUUUUUUUCCCAAUCUGAGCUCGUUUUUUUCGAGGUCCCAGUUGUUUUGAAUUCGGAAGUCAGAGAUUUCCGAGUUCCCAGUUGUGUUGAACGCGCAUUAGCUACAACAACAUCUCACAUAUGCUAUGGUUGGUGUGCAGUGAUGGCUUUUAUAAAGAGGAAAGAACGAUCGAAAGAAAGGUUUUCUCUCCUGUUGCUGGACUUGGAAGAGUAUUACUUUGAACAGCACACAGUGUAUCAUGUGACAACCAGUUCAGCCAAAAAAAGAAAGAUCAGAGGGUCACUCAAAGUAUGCUCCAAAUCCAUCAUAUUUGAACCUGAGGACCAUGUGGAGCCCAUUGUAAAGAUUCCUCUCAGAGAUUGCAAAAAGAUUGAAGCAGUUGAAGAAAAGGACCAGAAUCCUUUCAAUGAGAGCAAACCAGCUGGCCUCACCAUUUUAUGCAAACAGGUUUACCUCAUCAAAGAGAACAAUGUCGUUGCACCUUACCGAGUUGAAAGGGGAGACAGUACCUUUCUCUUCCAUCUGGAAGUUUCCAGUAAAACGGAGGAUGUUGUCCAAACAUUACUUCAGCUGCAUAGGGCCUCUUGUCUGGACAAGCUUGGAGACCAGACUGCAAUGAUUGCUGCUAAUUUACAAUCCAGAUUGGCAAGAACUUCAUUUGACAAGAACAGCUUUCAGAAUGUUUCAGAAAUUCCACACAUGGAAUGCGAGGCGGAGAUGGUCACUCCAUUGGUUACAAACCCUGGUCACGUGUGUAUAACUGACCAAAGCCUCUACUUCCAACCACUCAAUGGCUAUCCUGAACAGGUAGUCCGAAUCGAGCUCCAUCGAGUGAAACAAAUCUAUAAGAGAAGGCAUGGACUCAGGCCCUUGGGGCUGGAGGUGUUCUGUACCGAAAACGACUUCUGCUCGGACAUCUAUCUGAAGUUUUACAAGACCAGCGACAGAAAUGACCUCUACUACUACAUCGCCACGUUUCUGGAGAACCACAUGGUGGAACACACAGCGGAGAGUUACAUGCUGCAGUGGCAGCGAGGUCACCUCAGUAACUACCAGUACCUUCUGCACCUCAACAACCUGGCUGACCGCAGCGGCAACGAUCUGUCUCAGUACCCCGUAUUCCCCUGGAUCAUCGCUGACUACAACAGCACAGAGCUUGAUAUGAUGAACCCUGCAACUUUCCGUGACCUGAGCAAGCCUGUGGGAGCGCUGAAUAAAGAGAGACUAGAGAGAUUGUUGUCCCGGUACAGAGACAUGCCUGAUCCUCGUUUCAUGUACGGCAGUCAUUACUCCUCUCCAGGCUAUGUGCUUUUCUACUUAGUCAGAGUUGCCCCAGAACACAUGCUGUGUCUUCAAAAUGGCCGCUAUGACAAUGCAGACCGCAUGUUCAAUAGCAUUGGAGAAACGUGGAAAAAUUGCUUAGAGGGUGCAACUGACUUCAAAGAGUUAAUCCCAGACUUCUAUGGGAAUGACCCCAGCUUUCUGCUAAACUGCCUUAGUCUGGAUUUGGGGAAGAGGCAAGGUGGAAGCUCGGUUCAAGAUGUAGUUCUUCCGCCAUGGGCUGCAGAUGCCAGUGAUUUUCUUCAGAAGAGUCAGAAAGCGCUGGAGAGUCAGUACGUGUCAGAACACCUGCACGAGUGGAUCGACCUGGUGUUUGGCUUCAAGCAAAAAGGAAGUGAAGCCGUGGCAGCCCACAAUGUGUUCCAUCCGUUGACAUAUGAGGGUGGCAUCGACUGUGAUAGUAUAGAGGACCCCAAUGAGAAGAUUGCCAUGUUGAUUCAGAUCCUGGAGUUUGGGCAAACCCCGACGCAACUGUUCACCACCCCACACCCACAGAGGAUAACACCCAGAUUCCAGAGCAUAUCGCGAACACCCAGUGUAAACACACCCCUCAACGAGCUUUCUCCAGCAUCCACCAGUGAGGACUCCUCCUUUGAAGACCUAACCGAAGAGACUAGGAGACUGGCUUGGAACAACAUAGCUAAACUCAAAUUAAUGUCCACCCACAAAAUCCAUAAAGAGGCUGUGACGGGCAUCGCAGUGACUCGGACCUCGUCGUCUGUCUUCACAACAUCACAAGACUCGACACUGAAGAUGUUCUCCAGAGAGUCUAAUGGAUUGCAGAGAAGCAUGUCCUUCUCCAACAUGGCAUUAUCAUCGUGCUUGAUGCUACCAGAGGAUAAGGCCGUAGUCUGCUCCUCGUGGGACAAUAAUGUGUAUUUCUACUCGAUACCAUUUGGCAGGCGUCAGGACACGUUGAUGGGCCAUGAUGAUGCCAUCAGUAAGAUGUGCUGGAAGGACAACCAGCUUUACACUGCAUCCUGGGACUCGACAGUCAAGGUUUGGCAAUGUGACUCUGCCGAUAUCGCAAAUAAUAAGAGAUGCCAAUUCCAGUUGCUGGCAGAGUUUGAACACGAAGCGGGGGUGAACACUAUUAACCUAAACCCAGCAGGUACUUUGUUGGUGUCGGGGACUAAGGAUGGAACCGUCACCAUUUGGGAUACCAGUAGCUCAGUACAACUCCAUCAAGUCCACUGCCAUUCAGGAAAGAUCCACGAUGUGGCCUUUAGUCCUGACAGCAGACACAUCUUGAGUGUAGGAGAGGACUCGUGUCUGAAGGUAAUCGACGUCCAGACGGGCAUGAUGAUUUCGUCUGUGCAAGCUGAUGAGGUGCAGCGGUGUUUCUGCUGGGACGGGAACACGGUCCUGUCGGGCGGUCAGUCCGGACACCUCCAGGUCCUGGACCUGCUAAGCAACAAAGUGACCACCAGGAUCCCUGGACAUUCAGGUGCAGUCACAGCGAUGUGGAUGAACGAGCAGUGUAGCACGGUGAUCACAGGUGGCGAAGACAAGCAGAUCAUCUUCUGGAAACUUGACUGUUGACCACGGUGCUAGAUAGUUCCUCUGUACGUGUAUGUACAUAGGUGAAGUCCAAGGGGGACACUCACAAUGAGACAUCUUUUAUACUGUCUGGCUCCAACCAAAGAGACUAUCAUCGUCGGUCAAGGUAACUACAUAGGCUGGCUGGCCUGCUGGCUGGCUGGCCUGCUGGCUGGCUGGCCUGCUGGCUGGCUCACCCAGAGAUGGUAACGCAUUAUCAUUGCACAUAUGACUUUACAAAUAUACUGGUCCAGUUAGCAGGGACAACAAUCAUACUCCUGUCUGGAGUUCUCAAACAAAAUCUAAUUAUUAACAAUAUAACCAUCCUCAACCAUGUUAGCGUAAACAACUUGGACAUCCUCCACCAUGUUAGCGUAACAACUUGGCCACCCUCAACCAUGUUAGCGUAACAUUGGCCACACUCAACCAUGUUAGCGUAACAACUUGGCCAAGUUGUUACGCUAACAUGAUUGAGAAUGGCCAAUAUGUUACGCUAGCAUGAUUUAGGGUGUCCAAGUUGUGUUACGCUAACAUGGUUGAGGAUGGCCAAGUUGUUACGCUAACAUGGUUGAGGAUGGCCAAGUUGUUACGCUAACAUGGUUGAGGAUGGCCAAUGUUACGCUAACAUGGUUGAGGAUGGCCAAGUUGUUACGCUAACAUGUUAGCGUAACAUUGGCCAUCCUCAACCAUGUUAGCGUAACAACUUAGCCAUCCUCAACCAUGUUAGCGUAACAUUGGCCAUCCUCAACCAUGUUAGCGUAACAUUGGCCAUCCUCAACCAUGUUAGCGUAACAUUGGCCAUCCUCAACCAUGUUAGCGUAACAUUGGCCAUCCUCAACCAUGUUAGCGUAACAUUGGCCAUCCUCAACCAUGUUAGCGUAACAUUGGCCAUCCUCAACCAUGUUAGCGUAACAUUGGCCAUCCUCAACCAUGUUAGCGUAACAACUUGGCCAUCCUCAACCAUGUUAGCGUAACAACUUGGCCAUCCUCAACCAUGUUAGCGUAACAACUUGGCCAUCCUCAACCAUGUUAGCGUAACACAACUUGGACACCCUAAACCAUGCUAGCGUAACAUAUUGGCCACCCUCAAUCAUGUUAGCGUAACAACUUGGCCACCCUCAAUCAUGUUAGCGUAACAACUUGGCCACCCUCAACCAUGUUAGCGUAACAACUUGGCCAUCCUCAACCAUGUUGGCGUAACAUGUUGGCCAUCCUCAAUCAUGUUGGCGUAACAUGUUGGCCAUCCUCAAUCAUGUUGGCGUAACAUAUUGGCCAUCCUCAACCAUGUUGGCGUAACAUAUUGGCCAUCCUCAACCAUGUUGGCGUAACAUAUUGGCCAUCCUCAACCAUGUUGGCGUAACAUAUUGGCCAUCCUCAACCAUGUUGGCGUAACAUAUUGGCCAUCCUCAACCAUGUUAGCCAAUAGAAAUGUCCAUUUGAACCUCGUGAGGGUGGUAUGGCGAUGAUUAGAUUCUGCACAUGCCCUCUUGCAGCAUUCCCUUGCUAAUUUUGCACUUCAAUGCUUUUGCCAGACAGUCAACCCAGGUUUCUUUAGAUUUUUUUGUUUUUUUACACUAUCUUACUGUACAGCAUGUUUUGCUUGUCUGUCUAUUGUUUAAGCGUUCAUUCAGUUGUCAUAGUGCCUUAGUGACUGACCAUUUAAUCAUGAUGUAAUUGACCGCAUAGUGGUCGGAAUAAACCUCUGGCACAAAACAAACUGUAUAGCAAGCAGUGUUUCAGAAAUACCUGCAGUAGAGAUUAUCAUGACAAUAAAUAAAUGUACAAUGUAACACACUUUGAGCAGCUGGAAAAGCUCUAUAUAAAUCCACUCCAUUCAUAGUAUUAUUAAAUGCACACAUGCUACAUAAAGAUAUAUUCAUUCGAUUUUUUUUUCACCCACAAUUUUCAUUUGAGAGCAGCAGUAAUUCAUUGCUAAUGCAUGGGAAAUGUCCAAGAGUUAUUGUAGAUUUAAAAUUCCAAAAUAAAUAAAAAAGGAAUAUAUUAAUGCACCUAACUGUUGAACUUACACUGAGGCAUAAUUCAAAAUAAUGGUUAUAAGCGCUUUGGCCCAACUGUAUUUGGGGAACUGCUUUACUGUGACUGAGUAGACUCAGGAACUCUCACCCAUGCAAAGAGUGCAUUUCUUUCAACUUUGUCAACCUUGUUAUAGCAAGCUAAAUAUGUGUGUUACUGAAGCGUUGUGCUAUGGCAUAGACUGCCAAUGCACUGUGUAACUAACCAUAUACCACCCUGUACAUCCAUUUUAAUAGAGAUGACCCAUCUUGUUUUAUUACUUUAGAUUUUAUUUACAUUAUGUGGAGCUUAAACCUGUAUUAACAAGGUAGUUACAUAGCCAAGUACUGUAGAAUGUAAUUGCAGUAUUGGAACAUAGUUUUAGGUACUAUGAUACAAGUUUUCCAUUUGUGUAAAAUUACACAUUUAGACUUUUUUUAUAUACAUCGGAUUUGGGAGGGAAAACCUCCAAUUUAGAUGUAGUUUAACCUCCCCUUUCCUAUUGCUUUCGAUUGCACAGUUGUCUCCACUGUGAUCAGUUUAUUUGCGAGUCCUUGUAAUCCUUGGACAGGUGUAACAGUUGUAAGUAAUAUGUAACAAAAUGUACUCCGAAUCUAGUACCACUACUAGCGCUGUAAGUAAAAGCUGCCAGCAGCAUUUGGCCUAAUGGGAAGUAGCUAAAAACGAAGCAGUGCCCUCCUAGUGACGUAAGUGAAUGUAUUUGAGUGAGGUUGCUGAGACAAACUAUGCUGUAAAUCGGGAUGUCUACGAUCUUUCAUGCCUCAGGGCUAACAGUGUUAUAUUGCUGCAGUAUGUCCUCCCAGCUUUUGUGUACUGUACAGAUCCUGCUCAAUAAAAUAUUGCACAUCUGUGAAUAUAAGUUUA